AUGGAUGAUGGUGAGAAGAAUGGUCGAGUGCAGAAAUGGAGUGCAGAAACAACUACCUUUGUCACAGUGAUGAAUGUCAGUUCACGAUGUGAAGGUUUGUUUGUCGAUAUCAAUGAUACUCUUUAUUGUUCAAUGUUUAAUCAUCAUCAAGUAGUAAAAAGAUCAUUGAAUGAUGCUGUAAUGACUUUAAAUCGUGUUGCUGCUGGAACAGGUAUUCUAGGAUCAGCCUCGAAUCAACUCAGUAGUCCGCUUGGUAUUUUUGUUGAUUUGAAUUUGGAUUUAUAUGUGGCAGAUUGUAACAAUAAUCGAGUUCAGUUGUUACAGUUGGGAGAAUCAAAUGCUGUCACAGUAGCUGGAUAUACAUCGCUAAAUCCAACAAUCACACUUUCUUGUCCAAGUGGGAUUAUAUUGGAUGCUGAGAAAUAUUUAUUCAUUGCAGAUAGCAACAAUCAUCGUAUUGUUGGUUCAGGCUUGUAUGGUUUUCGAUGUUUAUUUGGAUGUUAUGGAGUGGGUUCACAAUCCAAUCAAUUGAUAUUUGCAUUUAGUUUUAGUUUCGAUCAUUUUGGAAACAUAUUUGUCACUGAUUCAGGAAGCCAUCGAAUUCAAAAAUUUCAAUAUUUGGAAGAAUCAUGUAGUAAGUUUAAAAUGAUCGAAUAA